AUGACCGAUGAAUUUUCCGCCCUGGACAAAAGGGACACUUUUUACAUCCUCCUAUUUUCGAUACUCGCAGGGGUCGCAAACGAGCUCAUCUCAUGGGUUUUCGUCUAUCGCAAGGAAAGUUUUCAAAAGGCACACAAGGAAGUGUGCGACGGCUACGAGGACUACGUGCUCUCGAAAAUCAUCCCUGCCAGCAAGAACUCGAUACUCUCCGGAGAGACUCCCGCAAAGGUAUUCGCCGGCAAAAUUAGGAAAUUGAGAAAUACAAAGAAUGUCUCGACUCUGAUAACGGGACUGGUGUUUAUGGGCUUGAUGCCCGCAAUCAUGAGCUUUUUUGAGAAUUGUGCCGUGGCAAAAUUGCCAUUUAAACCCUUUUACUUUAUCGCCUUUUUUACCCAUAGCAAGACACUUGGAAAUGAUGUGACUGAUUGCACAGCCACCGCCAUUUAUACGCUCGUUUCGGUGGUUUCUGGGCACUAUACAAAAGUUUUUCUGGGAUACUCAUCGCCAAUAUCGGCGUUUAAGGAGAGCGUGCUCGAAGAAGAAAUCAGAAGAGGGAUGUAA